UAUUUUCUUUAUGGGGAAUUGAAGCCUCGAGAUAUUUUUCUAUAGGUGGAGACCAUAACCCGCCAUAGUAUUUUCACAGCUUUGACCUCACCAAAGUUAAAACGUUUCUUCAAUUCACUACACAAAUGCUGUUAGCUAUGGAAUCCUCUGCAACUAUACCACUUUCUCAGCUUCCUUAUGUCUUCCCUACAAUACCCAGCAGCAACAAAGGUUAUCCUUUUUGGCCUUGCAAGCGAAGGAGCUCUCAACCCACACGCUUACACUGCAAUAAGAUGUUUGUACCUGGAUUUGGAGAAGCAUCACCAGAAGCAAAGGCUGCUAAAAACCUCCACAAUUUCUUCACCUACACUGCAGUUAAGAUUGUUGCUGCUCAACUUGAGGAUUAUAAUCCUGAAGCAUAUCAAGAGCUAAUGGAAUUCCUGGCUAGACACCCGUUGAAUGAUGGUGACAAGUUCUGCGCCAGUAUGUUUAGAGAAUCAUCAAGGCAUAAGAAAUUAGCCCUACGCAUAAUGGAGGUGCGAACAGCAUACUGCAAAAAUGAUUUUGAAUGGGACAACUUGAAGCGCCUAGCUUUUAAGAUGGUCACUGAAUCUAACACGAGGCUUAUGAGGGAUUAUGUCUUGGAAACCAGUCCUGGUGAAACCGAGAAGUGAAUACGCCUGCAGCAAUGAACUAGCCCCUUCGUUCCCUUUGAUCGAACACGAGCUCGGGCAAUCUUCUGGAAAGAACUCAUCUAAAUGGUUCUCGAUGCAUUUUAUACCCCGGUAUUAGCAAGGUUAUGAUAUGAAAAAUCGAGUUAGAUCAUAAAUGGUUGGAGUAAUCUGUAAUACAAAUUGAUAAUCAACGGAAUAUAUUGCUGAACCCUCCAUGACUUGAUUGGGAUACUUUGGAGUACCUGAAUUGCCUGUUACUUACAAAAUAAGACCAUUUCGAGCAGA